GUUCUCUAGGUUUUCUUCUGCGAUGGAAGAUGAUGCUGAUCUUUCCCCGUAUGACCGACACUGAUUCGGCGAUUUUCUUAUUGAACGGCCCCUCUGGGGCGUUCGAAGCCAGAAUACUCUGAUUCCUUGUUCAUCGCGUCUUGCUUGUCUCUUCUCUUUUUUCAUUUUCCUUGUGGAAAAGCGGCGAAGGUGAUGUCUAAUCUUUCCCCGUAUGAUCGACACUGAUUCGGCAAAAUCUUGUUGGCUGUCCCUCGAGGGCAGCUAAAGCCAGAUCGAUCUGAUUCGCCCCCUUCUCUUUUUUUUCUAGCUUUUUUCGUAGUGGGUUGGGUGUGAUGAAGCUUAGAACCUUACCUACAUUGUCUGAAACGCUGUGUAGAGACCAAACUUUAGAGGCUGCUUCUGACCCAACGCGAGAUUUCUUAGCUCAAACAAAUGCCCAUCUUCGGCAUCUCGAAACCAGGCUUUGAAAUCGAUUUGAAAGCUCAAAAGUUCAUCCAAAACCUUUGCCAUGGGCAUCUGGAGAAACAAAACAUUCUCUGCGAAAAAACCCAACUCUCGUUUGGCGAACACACAAGAACUUAUUUCGCAAACUCGCAAGCUAUCCAGCAAAUGCCCGGUAUGGGCAUCUUGAAAGACGUUUGGGACGAAAAUUUAGGGCUUUUCUGGAAUGGCGCUGGUUGUGAUGUGUGGGCAGCCCUGCAGCGGCAAAUCGGCGGCGGCCGCCAGCCUCAUCCGCGGCCUUGAAGCUGCGAGCUUGCCACACGCGGUGAAGCUCAUCGAUGAGACGUCGCUGGGGUUGGAUCGAAACGAGAGUUAUCAAGAUAUGUUUCACGAGAAGAACUUGCGAGGACUGCUGAGAUCGGCUGUGGAUCGCGCGGUCACCAAGGAGGUGAUUGUCGUCAUUGAUUCACUCAACAAUAUCAAGGGAUAUAGAUACGAGCUUUGGUGCUUGGCCCGUGCUGCUGGAGUCCAAUACUGCGUGAUCUACUGUGACGCAGGUGAAGAUGAUUGCCGGAGCUGGAAUAAGUCGAAGUUUGAUCGGGGCGAUCCUUGCUAUGAUGAUAAAAUAUUUGACGACUUGGUUCGAAGGUUUGAGCGUCCUGAUAGAAGGAAUCGUUGGGAUACGCCACUGUUCGAGUUGAGACCAUCUGAAGGGGAGUUUACAGAAUCGUCUACACCAAUUGUAGAGGCCGUUGCGUUUCUCACUGGAAACGAGAAAGGGAGAAAAGUUUCUCGGAUACUCCAGCCAACAAUUGCUACUCAAACUGCACGGAUUUCCGAGACAAACUCGCUAUACGAGCUUGAUCGUGCCACUCAGGACGUGAUCAACGCUCUCGUCGAGUCUCAAACGCAAGAACUUGGCUCACUCGUGGAUAUUGGAGAAGGAUUGCCGAAGAUCAGGUUGCAAAAACGAAUCGGCCUCCCAGAGCUCCGCCGCCACCGAAGAACUUUCAUCCGGCUCGCAGGACAGUCGAGCCUCUCAGGUCCACCGCCACCGUCGGACAGUAUCAGCGCCAAGCGAAUGUUUGCCGACUAUCUCAACAGAGAACUCAGUGACCAAGUUCCGAGCUCCUAGAUCACUGUGGUACGUUUGUCAAAAACUAGUUUUUGUUCUUGGCAGAUAAAGAACAUUCUCUCAAGAUCAAACUAUUGCGAGGUAAGGUUAAAAGCUGCGAGUGUUUUCCAGCUAGUGAUCAAGUUCCCAGCUAAAUCACUGAGGUCUAUUUGUCAAAAACUAGUUCUUGGUAGACAAUGCCAGAAGCAUUCUCUCAAGAUCAAAAUAACGAUUCUAUCACGCUAA